AUGGCCGAAAAAGAUUUCAUCGAAAGAAAUUAUGCAGCUUCUGAACAAACAGUGAAACCUGAAAUCGGCAAUAUUCAAUAUGAAUCACCUGCGGUGAACGAUGAAAACCAUCCGUUGGAGAUAAAUGAGGAAUGCGCUUUGAAAACGGGCACUGAGAGAUUCCGGCAGAAGUUGGCGGAACAACCACUUCAAUCAUUUUUAAGUGCAAAAGAUUCGCCUGAAGGCGUUGCAAUGAUUUAUUAUCAGGCGAUGUAUACUCAAACUCAUUGGCAAGUAUCCGCAAAUUAA